AUGUUUUCCCGGACCAAUCCAGACAAUAUUCAAACUUCCUCUAUGCCAAACGAUAGACUUCUCCCAAAGCCGGUCUUAUAUUAUGAUUACUCGAGGCGAGAUGUACCGACUCCUGGGUCUACAACACCACUGGCUCACAGGGUAAUUACCCAGGGAGUCUCUUCUGGCUUUGAAGUUGAAGAGAAUAUGCCAUCCCCCAGAGCAUUGCCGAUGACGGGAAUGGAAGCAAUCUCCCAUGCUGCACUAUCUCAUUAUCAAGAUAACAUCUCCGUUUUAUCAACGCUGCCGGUGGCUGCUCAAGCAGACACAACUCGGAAGUCUAUGGAGAUAGAUGCAUCCGUCGUCAAAUCCGAAGCUGCUCAUCGAGAGUGUUCUACUUCACCAAAUUCCCCUAAAUCAGAUUUUACAGAGGAAUCCAAUGUUCAGUUUUGCUUGUGUGGACCAGAACCGAAAAUUCCUCGUCCAAGAAAUGAUAUGCAUUCUAACUUCUAUCUUCCAGCAUUCAUUCUGUUCCGACAACACUUACAGAGCUCUGUUGUGGCAGAAAACCCGGGCUUACCAAACCCCGAUAUAUCGAAGAUCAUCGGAAAGAUCUGGAAAGGGCUUCCAUUGAAAGAACAAGAGCCGUGGAAGAAACAUGCAGAUGAAGAGAAGGCAAGGCACUUGCAGAAAUACCCUGGCUACCGGUAUCAGCCACGACGGCCUGGUCGCAAGAGAAGAAACACAAAUACUGCCGGACCUACGGUAAAAGUAGACGUCUCUGGCACGUCUAUUUGCAGUCGAUGUGGAGGGAAACCAAUGAAACCCCCUUCAACCCCGUCGACUCCUUUUAUUCCGAACUUCAAUGAUUCGAUAGACAAUGUGCAAGUUCACUCAUCGCACCCCGAAGAGAUCCAACGCACACAAGGCCACCACCUGAAAUUGGACAAUGCACCUAGCCCUAUUAAUGUCACGUAUGAAGAAAGCUGGCGUCCAGCUCCAAUUCAUGAUGAAAAUAUACCACCUCAAUCACCGUGCAUUAAACGACGCCGCAGUGAAGAAAGGGAGAUGUACCCGUCGAUCCGCCAUCAUAUGGGACCUGAUAACCCUUACCUGUCCAGGAUAACAACCUUACCCCGCCCAGAUCUGACUCAACGCAUUAACUCGCCUAAUUACACCUGGGGCUCUCAAUCGCAUUAUUCAAGCUCAGUACCAGGAUCGCCCCAUGAUCCAAGCCUGGUUCUUCCGCCAUUGAAAAUAGCAGCCUCAAAUCAUCCUCAUUGCUUGGCAAGCCUGGAAGAGCAACCAAAGGCUGUUUCUUUCUUAGACAAGAUAAACCUAUUAUCCAAAGGAUCUCCGCCAUUCAUGUCUUGUUCAACCCCAAUGUCUGGUCAGGCAGAGGGCGCCGUCAUUGCAAUCGAAGGCUGCGAUUCUGAAUCAGUAGCAUGUGUUACCAAAUAUUUGAACAAUUCUCUUUCAUGUGACGACGGUGGGAAUGUCAAGAUAUUCAAAGGACCAGAAUCUGGCAAGUCGGCGGCAUCAGAGGACACACGAAAGGCGGCUGGGAAUUUCCUUGAGACCAUUUUCUCCUGGUAUAAAAUAUCGGGCACCAUAAUCGAGUUCCUCAAUGACCGCAUUUUACCCGUGACUACAAGAUCAACGCCUGGAGAGUCUGGAUCUAAUUCUUCAUUGCAGUCAAUCUUGCCUAAAACUGAAGACCUUAGUAUUUGUUCAACCGAGCGGUCCGCUUCUGAUGAAACUGUCUUCACACCUGAACCUGAAGAAGCUGUGCAUACUCCUACGUCAUCCUCUUGCAACAAUGACUCGACAUUCCGUGUCGCUCUAGUUCCACACUACCAAUUAGCCACUACGGAAUCCCAUGCCGGCUCGACACCGCGCAAUAGCUCACACGACGCCAUUGAUCACUGGGAACGCAUGGCGAUGCAGUGGGGAAGCUGUGUCGGACCGGACAUCACCGUAUAUAUACGGGACUGCGAUCAAAUUGAGCUGAGCAAAUAUGGCACAGGAAACCCAGUUGAGAACCGUCUAAAUGACGUCCGUACGCUGGUCAUCAGGCGCCUUGCUGGUAGUACUGAGGGGAUCGAUGAAAAAGCACUGAGAAGAGUUGGGUUUGAAGUCAAAGAAUUCCUCAGAAAGUGA